AUGUCUCUUAAGGUCGGUCACCUGUUCCCGUCUGCCUCUGAGCUGGCCUCCGUGUUAUACCUGGCCCUCUCUCCUCAGUCCCUAGAUGACAAGGAGCUCCAGCUGCUGGGGCGGACACACUCGGCCAGCGAUGCGCUUCAGACACUGGCAGAGGCCCGACGUCUCUUUCCCGGACGUGUAUCUGUGGACCUGAUGUUGGGGCUUCCGGCACAGAAGUCGGGGCCGUGGCUCCGGCAGCUGCAGGAACUGCUGGGCUACUGUGACGACCACAUCUCCCUCUACCAGCUGACCCUGGAGCGGGGCACCGCACUCUUCACCCAGGUGCAGCGGGGCACCCUUCCCGCCCCUGACCCCGAGGUGGCUGCUGAGAUGUAUCAGGAGGGACGGGCGUUGCUCCGGGAGGCAGGCUUCCGCCAGUAUGAGGUCUCCAACUUCGCCCGCAAUGGGGCGCUUAGUACCCACAAUUGGACUUACUGGCAGUGCGGUCAGUACCUUGGCGUUGGGCCCGGGGCCCACGGGCGAUUUGUGCCCCAGGGGGCCGGGGGCAACACCCGGGAGGCUCGGAUCCAGACCCUGGAGCCCGACAACUGGAUGAAAGAGGUGACGCUGUUUGGCCACGGCACCCGGAAGCGCGUUCCCUUGGGCGAGCUGGAGCUGCUAGAGGAAGUUUUGGCCAUGGGGCUACGUACAGACGUGGGGAUCACUCACCAGCACUGGCAGCGUUUUGCAUCCCAGCUGAGCCUAUGGGACGUGUUUGGAUCAAGCCCGGAGGUGAAGGCCUUGCUGGUACAGGGCCUGUUGCUGCUGGAUCACGGGGGUCUUCGGUGUUCCUGGGAGGGUCUGGCUGUACUAGACUCUCUGUUGCUGACCCUCCUGCCCCGACUCCAAGAGGCCUGGCUGCAGAGAGCCCCCUCCCCUGGGCAAGGGGGAUGA